UUCAGUGUGUUCUCGGCAGGCGCUCUGUCAGCUUAUCGUUCUUCCAAGUACAGUGCUAUAGUACAGUCCAAGAUAUAACCAUGGAACCGCACAUUUUUUUCACCGUCCUGUGGAUGAUAUUGCUGGGAACAAGAACCGCUUACGCACAGGAAAUCUUUGGGUAUUGUACAACGCCUGAUGAGAACAGCGGCACCUGCAUAAACCUCAGGGAAUGUGGAUACCUCUUCGAACUGCUUCAAAGCGAAGAGGUUACGGACCAGGACCGUCGAUUUCUGCAGGCCAGCCAAUGUGGCUACCGGAGUGGACAAGUGCUUAUUUGCUGUGCAAACAGCCGAAUGCGAAACCAACAACCUCAGUGGGGAAAUCAGCCUCAAGUCAGACCGACUCAGACCACUAAGCCUACAAAACGCGCCGGAACCAAACUGUUACCAAUGGCGCCCCAUUGCGGUGAUAACUUUGAAGACCGCGUGGUGGGUGGUAACGAGACGACAAAGAGGGAGUUUCCUUGGAUGGCCCUAAUAGAGUACACGAAGCCCGGCAACGUGAAAGGUCACCACUGUGGCGGAUCUCUAAUCAACCAUCGUUACGUGCUGACGGCGGCACACUGCGUCUCGGCUAUUCCCAGUGAGUGGGAGCUGACGGGAGUACGCCUGGGUGAGUGGGAUGCGAGCACCAAUCCGGAUUGCACAGUCGGUAAAAACGGACGCCGGGACUGCAACGACCCGUACGUGGACUACCCUGUUGAAGAGCGUAUUCCGCACCCGCAGUACCCGGGAAACUCACGGGACCAGCUAAAUGACAUUGCUUUGCUGCGAUUGCGGGACGAGGUUCAGUACAGCGACUUCAUAUCACCAGUAUGUCUGCCCACUUUAGCGUCCCAUCGCGACAAUAUUUUCCUGGGCCGAAAGGUGGUGGUGGCAGGGUGGGGUCGCACGGAGACAAAUUUUACGUCUAAUAUCAAGCUGAAGGCUGAGUUGGAUCCGGUACCGAUGUCCGACUGCAACCAAAGAUACGCCACCCAAAGAAGGACUGUCACAACCAAGCAGAUGUGCGCCGGCGGAGUUGAGGGGGUUGAUUCCUGUCGCGGAGACUCGGGUGGCCCCCUUCUGCUCGAGGACCGCUUCAAUGGAAACUCAAAUUACUACAUUGCUGGUGUGGUCUCCUACGGACCCACGCCCUGUGGGCUAAAAGGAUGGCCCGGCGUGUACACAAGGGUUGAGGCGUAUCUGAACUGGAUAGAAAACAACGUUAGGGCUUAAUCGUAAAUGGCGAAAACGACCAUUCUUAGGGCUUGAUCGUAAAUCGUGCAAAUUACCAUUGUAAAAUGGGUCAUGCCACAGUAAAUAUCGAUUUUUAAUGAAAGUUAGAUUAUACAAUAAAUUAAGUUAUCUCGUGUAGAUUCAACGGUAAAA